AAAAUUUAAGAAAAAACAUUAUGCACAUGACAGAGAAAACUCAUAGCAGACCACAGGUUCAGUUCAUCUCUUAUCAGGUUCUAUCCUGCUAGAAGCCACAUAUUUCCGAACAAUGCACACUCAUAAAUUAAAAUUUCGAAAAAAAUAAUUGAAGGAGCACUGGAUUAAAAAAUGUUGGCGAAAGAAUCGAGUGGUUCCACCUUCGAUCUUCCCGAGGAGUUAUUGGAAGUGUUACCGUCCGAUCCGUUUGAACAGCUCGAUGUGGCCCGCAAAAUCACGUCCAUUGCUCUCUCUACACGUGUCUCUUCUCUCGAAUCUGAAUCCUCCGCUUUACGCUCCCAACUCGCCGAGAAAGACCACCUCAUCGCCGAACUUCAGUCUCAUAUUGACUCCCUCGAUGCCUCCCUCUCCGAUACCGCCGAUAAACUCGCCGGAGCCGAGGCCGAUAAGGAGAAUUUAUUGAAUGAGAAUGCUUCGUUGUCUAACACUGUAAAGAAGCUUCAAAGAGAUGUUUCGAAGUUGGAGGUGUUUAGAAAGACCCUUAUGAAGUCUCUUCAAGAUGAGGAGGAAGGUUCUGCGGGAGCUGUGCCUAUUGCCAAGCCAACACCAAGUGAAGAUGAUACUUUGACGCAACCUUCAAGAACAUCUUCAAUGCGGAGCCAAUUCUCCGAAAUGGGAAAUUCACUUGCAGAGGAUCGUGAAGUAGAGGCACCAUCAAGACCAGGAAUAUCACAUGGUGUUUUGCUAGCAUCUCAAAUAAACACUCCCCGUUUUACUCCUCCGGGUUCCCCUCCGAGUUUAUCAGCUUCUGUAUCUCCUACUCGAACGUCUAAACCAGUGUCCCCAAGACGACAUUCAAUGUCAUUUUCUGUCUCAAGACCCAUGCCUGACGAUAGGUCCUCUAUAUUUUCUUCUAUACCACCAAGCCAGCAUAGCUCCAUGUCAAGUGACACAGGGUCACAAACAGCGCGAACCCGUGUGGAUGGGAAAGAAUUCUUCCGUCAAGUCAGGAGCCGACUGUCUUACGCUCAGUUUAGUGAAUUUUUAGCGAAUGUUAAGGAGUUAAAUUCUCACAAGCAAACAAAAGAAGAGACUCUGAGAAAAGCUGAGGAGAUUUUUGGACCAGAUAAUAAGGACCUUUAUGCAAUAUUUGAUGGAUUAAUCACUCGUAAUGCUCAUUGAAGCGGCUUACAAUCCAACUGCAUCGAGCUUUUGCAUUCGUGGGUAUUGUUAUUUAUUGUACAUCAAUAUCAGGUGUAAGGACACUUCUCAAUAGAACCCCUUCUUUUGAAUUUUACUAUUUGUUAACAUCAAUAACAAUGAUCAGUAAAACAACUUGUGAGUGGCUUGCUGACAAACCUUUGUAGAUGAGGAUUAAAGAGAAUGCCUAAAUUAGAGAGGAUAGUUUGUACCAUAUUUUUAGGAAAAACAGUGAAAUGAAGCAUCAACUGGAUGCUUAUAUCAUGCAAGCAAUUCUUGGUCA